AUAUAUAUAAAAGCAAACCAGAUUCGUUUUGUGUACUACAAGUUUGUGGUCUAGCAAAGCAUCAUGAGUUUCAACAACAAAGUGGUUCUUGUGACUGGUGGGAGCUCUGGUAUUGGAGCCGCCACCGCCAUCGAAUUUGCUGCUCAAGGUGCCAAAGUAGCAAUUGUGGGACGAAAUCAGGCGAAGCUCGCAGAAGUAGCAAAGAAAUGCAACAAUCCUCUUGUCAUAAUUGCCGACUUUGAAAAAGAAGACGAUGUCAAGAAAGUUGUUGCAGAAACAGUGAUGCAUUUUGGGAAACUCGAUGUCCUGGUAAAUAACGCUGGAACUGCGAGCUUAGGAAAUAUUACGGACGAAGACGCCAUGGAAGUCUACAACAAAGUUAUGACGACAAACCUCCACUCGGUAGUUCUCCUCACACAUCUUGCUGUACCCCACCUUACAGCAACCAAGGGAAACAUUGUAAACAUCUCGAGCACCGCUUCAAUGGUAUACGCCAAUGAGUUUGUUGGUUUCGCCUACGGUGUGUCCAAGGCUGGCUUGGAUUACUUCACUAAAUCGAUGGCUUCAGAAUUGGCACCUGCAGGUGUUCGUGUAAACUCUAUCAACCCAGGACCUGUAAGAAGCGAUAUUAUUGUAAAAUUGGGAGUCGAGCAAAAAGAAAUGGAUGCAGCUUGGGUGAAGCUUGGGGAUAGAACACCACUGAAACGUAUUUCUGAAGCAAAGGAAAUUGCUGACUUAAUUUUAUUUUUGGCCGGUGAUGCUGGUAAAGGUAUUACUGGUUCAGUUAUUGUCCAUGACAACGGGGUUUUGGUUAAAUCUGUUUUUUAAUAUAACUACAUCGUGUCCUUUCAACUCGAUCGAGUAAAAACUAAAAUAAAUUUCUGACCUUCAGAACAUAUUGAA